UCAGCCGCGACCGCGCAAGCGAGCCAAAAAAAAGAGAUCCAGAGAGAAAGGGUUUUUCUCUCCGAGGAAGAGAUCUCUGGCCUCCGAGGUUGCUUUGGGCUCGGCUCUCGGCGAAGCUAGGGUUUCUCUUCUCAUUCCCGAUAUGCAAGGGAACCUGCAGAUCUCUCCAGAUUUGGAGCACUCUACUGACAGUGGCGAUUCUAAAUACUUAUGUGAGCUCAGCACCAUUCUCGUUGCUACCAUUCAAGAAGUAAAAGACCGGGUUUUCUCAAAUAGAGUUUAUUUUCUGCAGUCAGCUAUAUCCAAGUUUCCAAUCAAGAUCAAAAGUUCUACAGAGAAGUCUAGUUGAUGCCAGGAAAGCCGCAGAGGAUGAGUGGAAGAAAAAAGAAACUUCCCUCUUACAUCGAAUAGAAGAGAUCACUGUCGAAAAGAAACAUGAUCAAGAAAGAAUCCAGGAACUGAAGUGUUCUGCAGAAGAAAGUAAGGCCAGGUUAAUGAGCACUGAGCAGUUGCUGAACAAACAUGAAGUUGAGAAAAAACUUCUUUUGGAUAAACUGGAAAGCAUGGAGAGAAAUGAAGAGAUCAUCGCUGAGCUCAGAAGGCAGCUUGAGCAAAAGACAAGGGAGAUUGCUGAGGAAAAGGAGCUGCAACAAAAGUUAUUGCAACAAAUUGAGGUGAAAGAUCAAAAAUUGUUCGUAGAGCAGGGCAAAAGAAGAGCCUUAAUCGAGGAUUUUAGUAAAUUGAAAGAAAGUUACAGACACUUAAAAUCUCAAUACUAUUUUUUAGUUGGAAAGAUUGGUGAUACAACAGAUAAAAAAUAUCAUCCAGAGAGGAUGGAAGAUGAAAGGGCAUCACCAAGGCCUCAUCUGAACAAGAGAAGCCUCAAUGAUAUAAAAGAAAGUGAUCAAGAGGUCACCCAGCUUGCUUCUAAGCCAAGAGAAAGGACUACUGAUAUUGUUCUCAAUGAAAAGCCUGAGGCCAGCCGAGAUUUGGAACUGGUUAAAGGUUCAAAUACUGAUUUCCGCAUCAGUAUAUCAUCGAAUUCAAGUGUCCUCCAACCAAAGAGCGUUGCUGUUAAUACAAAACCCGAGUCAUUAUCUGGCAUGAGGCGAGCUAGUUCAUGUUGGAGGAAUACUAGGGCACGUCAAGGAUCAGGGGUUGCAGAUCCACAUGAUGACUUUCUUGACAGUCCUAUGGAGACUCUGAAAAACUUGAACAGGGGCCUUCUUGAAGAAGCACAAGGUCUUCCUGUCCCUCCUCCGCAGGACAUGGAUUUUAAUAACUCAGAUGAUGAGACACAAGAUAUGAAUGCUGACGCUGCUCCACGGCAGCAGCAUAUUUCAAUUCUAGAUUCAACAAGCAAGGGAUUUAAAUAUGUGGAGCCUGUGAGAAAGAAGGUUGAGCGGGAGAAUCUCAAAGGAGUUGAGUGCAAGCAGUGCAAGAAGUUCUAUGAUGUGGUUUUACCUGAUGGAAGUAGAGGAAAAGGAAGCAGUUUGGACACCGUAAGCAUGCGUUGUGAGCAUCAUGAUGGUGUUUCAAGGCAUAGGUACAGGUAUGCGCCUCCGAUGACCCCUGAAGGAUUUUGGAAUAUUGGAUUUGAUUCAGAUGUAUAAAGUCUUCUCUAUAAGCAUUCUUUGUUGAUCGUGUAGACUGUUAUCUGAAGUGGAAGCAAUUCUUUUGUUGUUUGCUUAUCUUUAAUCAUGACUGUUAAUUUGCUUUUUGAGGUCCAAUUAAUGUUAGACUUGGGCAACAUGAGGUUCUUAAAAGGUAAUGGAUGGAGUAACGUCUCUCAAA